AUGCGCGUCGAUAUCACGUCGGGUGGAAAGAGACGCCAUGAAGACUUGAGCAAAAGUCAACAGGUUGAUGAUCGGUCUAGAGAUGGGAAGUCAGUUAGUGAGAUGACUGAGCAUGUGAUGGAUAGUAUUGUAUCGAAGGCCAACGACCUCAUUACUUCACACCGACGCUGGCUGGAUUCACAUCUCAGCAAACGCUCACAAUCACCUCAGUCAACGGCAGCCUUGAAUACCAGCACAACCUUGAUACCGGCUUCCUACACCAAUUCGGCAUUGGAUCUUCCCACAAGUUCGUCGCGCAGUCUGGUACCUCUCGUCACUACACGACCAUCAGCACGAGACCAAGACGCAUUCCGCUCGUCUUCAACAACACUUUUCCCUUAUCUCAUAUACAGUAUCUCUACUUUAUCAUCCCCAAUAUUUUUUCCGUCAACUAUUGACCCAAUUGAUUCGCAGCGAGCAAGGAAUUAUUCUCAAUCAACAUCCUCUUCGCUCACCAGCCUAUCUUCAGCGCUUACCCCAGUUAUCGUUCCUCGUUCUACAGCUCCUAUAAUACCCGGGAGACUCAGUUCAACUACAAUCAUCUUCCUUACUGUUAGCAGCUCUCGAGCUUCUAUACCCCAGAUUACAUCUAUACCUCCAAUUACGAGUACCACCGCUACCUCUGUUGAUAACGCGGCGGAACAAAGUCUAAGUUCUGCGAUCAGCAGCGCAAAUGCUGCUAUUACAUCCGCCCAGUCGAGCGCCAGUGCAGCUUUGGAAAGUGCAAGUCAACAGCUGGGCGAUGUUAGAGCUAGUGCAAGCUCUGCGCUCCGACAUGCUCAGAGUUCCAUAACAGCAAUUGCAUCCCAAGCAACAACCACCCCCACCGCAGAUGCCAGCAAUACUCCAUCAACCCGAACUCUAGCUCUCGCUCUCACAUUCAGCAUCAUAGGCUCAUCCAUCCUCUCCCUCAUCGCCUUCAUCCUCUUCCUCCGCUACCGUCGCCGCCAACAAGAAAAACGCAUGGGCUUCCGCGUCUCCGACUUCACAGGCAGUCAAGACCAAAUCUUCCGUCGCGAACUCGACGAUCCCGUCGCUGGCUACGGCGGUACCGGUUCCGGCACUCGUAUUGGAUAUGCUGAAGGUGGCCGAUUUACCGAAAAACCAACACCGACUUACAGCCCUAAUACCAACGGCCAAAGCAGAUUCACAUUCCCAGCUCAAAUGCCGGAAAGUACCGUCAUGGGCAAUAUUCUCGUCCCUGACGCUGAGAAUCCGAUCCCUAGACAAUCGAGCGAUAAAAGAGUGUUGAUCACGCAGGUCCCAACGUCGAAGUUCUCGACAAAUCUCAUCCCGAACCCAUUGACUCCGGCGAGGAAAAUCACGCUUACGUAUGACCCUGAUAGGCCGCGUGAACCGCCUCGGUUUAGGAGUUUUGGGGAUACGAGACUUCCGCCGCUUGUCACCUCCUCUUCGCAUGUGGCGUUAAGGCAGAACAAUGUUGCGUCUGGAUUUGGUCCGGCAAUGGGCGAGAAGUUGAUAAGUCCGAGUGUUGGGACGAGUAUACGUAGUCCGGUUGGUGGACGGCUGGCUGGUGAUGGGGUUAUGUUCCGCGCGUCGGAGAUUCUGGGGAUUUCGGGGGGUGGUGGUGGUGGUGGCAGGAGAGGAUCUGAGGUUGGUGAUGGGAGGGUUAGGAGUGUGAGGGGGGAGAUUUUUGGAGGGGUGGGGAUGGGGAUGGGAGGGGAGAGGGUAAGGAAAGAUUCUGAUACGCUUGGAGAUGGGAUUAGGAUGGAGAGGGGGAGGAGGAGGGGAAGUAGUAUUGGGACUGCGAUUUAA